AUGAAGACUCCGUCUGCAUCGCUGCUCCUCGGUGUGUGUGUGCUGCUGCUGUCUGCACUGACUGUUUCUGCAGUCUCUCUGUCUGUCAGUCCAAACCUUCAGCAGUUCUUCAGAGGAUCUUCUUCAGUGUCUCUGAGUUGUGUUGAUGAUGAUGGACAGACAGUUGAUGGAUGGACAGUGAGGAGGACCAGAGGAGGACUCACUGAGGUCUGUGGAGCAACUACAGGCUUUGGGGGGGUUGAUGGUUCCUUCUGUGUUCUGAAUCUCUCCGUCUCCUCUGAUGGAAGUUACUCGUGUAUGUACUCAUCUGGACAUCAGAGCAAUGAAGUCUCCAUCAGUGUUUCAGAAAAACCUGUGAUCCUGGAGAUCCCUGCACUUCCUGUGAGGACAGGAAAUGAUGUCACUCUGCAUUGCAGAGAGAGGAGCGGCGACACAGCUGCUGCUUUUUUCUUCUUUAACGGACAUCCUGUUGAAUCUAGAACUACAGCAGAGCACGUAAUCAGACAGGCCAAACAGUCCGAUGAAGGGCUCUACUGGUGUGCCACUGAUACAUUUGGAAUGUCUCCUCAGAGCUUUCUGAGGGUCAGAGGUGCUGCUGAGCUCACCUAUGAUCAGGUGGUCAUCAAUGAUCAGAGGAAAGCUGGCAGGAGGACAGGUAACAUGAAGCAGAACCUGCUUUACAGGUGA